AUGCAAGAAAUUCAAGUUAUUUCUCUCUCUCUCAAUCUCUUCCCCUGUCUUUCUCUCUCUCUCUCUCUCUCUCUCUCUCUCUCUCUCUUUCUUCGUUUCUCUAUCUUACUCUUUCUUUUUCCCUCUCUUUCUUUCUUUUUUCUUUCUUUCUGUUUCUCUCUUUUCUAUUUAUAUCUCCGACUGUAUUUCUUUCUUUCUUUCUUUCUUUUUUUCUUUCUUUCUUUCUUUCUUUCUUUCUUUCUUUCCAAUCCCACGUCCUUUUUAUUUAGUUUUUCUUUCUUUCUUUCUUUCUUUCUUUCUUUCUUUCUUUCUUUCUUUCUUUCUUUCUGUCUGUCUGUCUGUCUGUCUAAACUUCUUUCUAUCUUUCUUUCUGUCUGUCUAAACUUCUUUCUUUCUUUCCAAUCCCACGCCCUUUUUAUUUACUUUUUCUUUCUUUUUUCUUUCUUUCUUUCUUUCUUUCUUUCUUUCUUUCUUUCUUUCUACAUUUAA